AUGUCAUCCAAUACCGAAGAUAAUGAGAAUUUCGGCCUCGGUGCCGUCUUCCAAGAACCAGAGGGCUUUCUCCCGCCUCCAAAACCCCCCACAUUCGCGGAGCAUCGCAUGCUCUCCGGCGAAACUCUGAGCAUACGACUUGUCGGUGAUCAUCCGCUUUAUGGCUACCUACUUUGGAACGCCGGCAGGAUAGUAUCAGAUUAUCUCGAAACCCACGCGGAAUCAUGGAUCCAAGGCAAAACCAUGUUCGAACUCGGCGCUGGCGCCGGCCUCCCCAGUCUAGUCUGCGCGAUUAAAGGCGCGAAAACGGUCGUCGUGACGGACUAUCCGGAUCUAGACCUGAUUGCCAAUCUGCGAUAUAAUGCCACUGCCUGCGAGGAAUUGAUUCGCGCCAGCUCGCCGUUUCCGUGUUCUUUGCGCGUAGAGGGAUAUCUAUGGGGCGCUGAUCCAGCCAACGUUUUGAGCCAUCUAGAGUCUCCUGAGGAAGGCUUCGAUGUGCUCAUCCUCGCCGACGUGAUAUAUAACCACCCUCAGCAUCACAAUUUAAUAGCUAGCGUGCAGAAAACGCUUAAAAAGUCAAGAGAUGCUGCCGCAUUUGUUGUAUUUACGCCCUAUCAGCCCUGGCUGUUGGACAAAAUCGCUGCUUUCUUUCCCAAGGCUGAAAGCAGUGGGUUCCAAGUGACGAAAUUGUUUGAAAAAGUAUUGGAUAAGCUCUUAUUCGAAGAGGACCCUGGAGAUGAGACACUUCGACGAACUGUAUUCGGUUAUGAAUUAAGGUGGAAGCAAGAGGAAUUGGAAAGCUGAUUCAAGAAUUUAAUGGGGGCGAUGGAAUAAUUGGCCAGGGGUAGUAUAUGAACCCGCGGGUCUAAUUCGAUGAAUCUCUUCGCGCAAAGGCACAAAUCAGUGAUUUCUUAUAUCAUUAUUUCAUUGAAGAGCGCCAUGGGUUCAGCUGUGCUAUUCUUGACAUUUUGAAAUAGUAUGAGGCUUGGAGGGCACUGAUGUAUAAGCAAUAGUUUCUCACCAAGC